GGCCAUUAAAAUAACGAUAUACCACGGAUACCCUCCGCUUCUUCUUACUUCAUUGUUCUCCUUCCAUUCAUCUUUUUCAUUCUCAAUCAACCCCGCCUUCAUUCUACAUUCGCAACGCCACAGCUCCAUAAUGACCUCCAUCUUUGAAGUCUCGCCCCGCUGCAAGGAGCUGCAGAAGAAACUUAUCAGCUUUGUCGAGAACGACUGCUUGCCAGCCGAGGAGGUUUAUGAGAGCCAGGUCGGAGCCGGCGAUCAGCGCUGGAAGACCACACCCCCAAUCAUGGACGAGCUCAAGGCCAAGGCAAAGUCCCUGGGUCUAUGGAACUUGUUCCUGCCCAAGAGCUACCCCGAGGGCCCUGGCUUGACCAACCUUGAAUAUGCAACCCUUUGCGAGAUCACCGGUCGCUGCCCUCGCGUUGCCCCCGAGGCAUUGAACUGCUCCGCCCCCGACACCGGUAACAUGGAGGUCUUUGCCAAAUACGGCACCCCCGAGCAGAAGCAAAAGUGGCUCGUUCCCUUGAUGAACGGCCAGAUCCGCUCUGCAUUCGCCAUGACCGAGAUUGCCGUAUCCUCUUCGGACGCCACUAACAUUGAGACCCGCAUCGAGCGCGUGGGCGAUCAUUACAUUAUCAACGGACACAAAUGCUGGAUCUCUGGAGCCGGUGACCCACGUUGCAAGGUCUACCUAGUCAUGGGCAAGUCCGAUCCCGACAACGAACACAAGUACAGACAGCAGUCGAUCGUCAUUGUCCCAGCAGACACUCCUGGCGUUGAGGUCGUCCGAGCCAUGACGGUGUUUGGAUACGAUGAUGCACCUGAGGGACAUUGCGAGGUCAAGUUCACGAACGUCAAGGUCCCUGUAGCCAACAUUAUCGCAGGAGAGGGACGCGGUUUCGAGGUCAUUCAGGGACGUUUGGGACCUGGUCGUAUUCAUCACUGCAUGCGCGCCAUUGGUAUGGCUGAGCGCUCGUUGGAUGUCAUGAUCGCUCGUGUCACUGACCCCUCACGUCGCACGUUUGGCAAAGUCCUCGCCCGCCACGGCACGGUCGCCGCAGAUGUAGCCAAGAUCCGUAUCGAGAUCAAUGCCUCACGUCUGAUGGUCCUUGCGGCCGCGGACAAGAUCGACAAGCUGAAUGCCAAGGGAGCCAUGCGCGACAUCGCCAUGGCCAAGGUCAUGGUUCCCCAGAUGUUGCAGCGUACGAUCGAUCUGGCGAUCCAGGCUCACGGUGCUGCCGGUGUCGGUCAGGACUUCCCCCUGGCGCGUUUCGCAGCUGGCGCACGCACACUUCGUAUUGCGGAUGGUCCUGAUGAGGUGCACAUGAUGCAGUUGGCACGCUUUGAGCUGAUGCGCGGGGAUGAAAUCCGUGAGAAGGAUAAGAAGAUUAAGGCACGUCGUGCGCAGAUUCUGGAUAACGGAUCUAAGCUGUAGAGUGAUGUUGUAGCAUUUGUAUCAAUUUCAACUAAAAAAAUAACAUCCACAAACUGUCGUAUAUCACAUGGCUUGACCUAAAUGCACCUUGCAGCGACACCGAGGUGGACAAUGUAGCCUUUGGUACGCCUACGCGUCUGGGAGAAUCCGGCGUUAAUAAUAUAAUAAUAGUAAUAAUAAUAAAGCCGAGG